CCCACACUGCACUAGCAAGCUGGAAUUCUCUUGGUGCCAUGGACCUUCGCCUGAAGACAAGGCGGCGGAUCUGCAUUUGUUCUUCCAAGAGAGUCCUGGUUUGUGCUUUGGCUGGAAUUUUAGCACCAAGUUUUACUGUGAGCAGAAGUCUCCAAAGAAGAGGCCAUCCCACAUCGAGAGAGGCUGUGGAAGCUGAAGUAGUUCAGAGAUGCCAGUCCGAUGAGGACCAGUUUGAUUAUGUCCUGCCAGUGGGGCCUGCGUGUCCCUUCCGCUCUGAGAUGAUGGUGCGUGGCAAUUUCGAGCAGGAUCUGGCGAUGUUGCACCUCAAUGCCGCCAGCAAGUCAGGUGAAUUUGAUGCCUUGGUGCGGCAAAUUGCUGCAGGCAUUCAGCCAGAUCCGCGGCAGAAGAAGAAGGUGGGCUUUGACCUCAAACAGCAGGGAGAUCAUUUGAAAAGCUUGCUGGAUGACAUGGAGGAUGCAGUGGACUUCCAGGUCAUUGAGUCCUAUCAUCUCAUGGAGUUGAAGGCCAAGAAGAUGGGCGCCAUCAGUGCACGCACGGUGGAAAAGAUGACCUCCUGGCAGGGCACUGGCAUCAUGGCGGAAGCGGACGGCAUGAUGGUGCCACCACCACCCAUUGGUGUGGAUCCAGUGGCCUUGUCCAAAGCUGCCCCCGCAGGCCGAGGUGGAUGGCAGAGUCAGCCCAAUGCGCCUCGUGUGCUUCCUUUCGAGGAGGAAAGCUUUCUGAUAUCUCCUGAAGCAAGACUGCUUGGGGCAGAGUAUGCCAAGUUAUCGAAGGAGCAUGGCGAGCUGGUGAACUUCGGAGGGAAGUUCGGUGACUUUGACCAGGCUGGCAAGGAGUUCUAUAUUGACAAAAUGCUGGAGGUUACGACUCGCUGGAGUAGCUUGCUGAGUGACACAAGGCGCUUGGGCAUUGAGCCGGUCCGUCCCUACGUGGCCUUCUCACAGGAGUACCUGGGCCAAUCAGGGCUUUCGCCCCAAGACUUUCGAGAGAUGGUGGAUGAAGUGCACCAGCUGCUACGGCGAAAGGCUGACCCCACCAGCCGAUAGUGCAAAAGAAUGGAGCUGGGCCGGUUGAUGGACGUGUGGAGAACUACGUGGCUUUCUGAUGCUUUCCGCUGUCCUUGAGACAAACCCAUGUGCUGCCAGUUGCUGGAUUAGCGUUGUCUUGAGGUCAAUGGUGCUCCCACCUGCGUUUAAACUGACUUGUGUGGUUACUGACCAGUCCAAUGAACAGUCAGUUUUGACCAAUUGUACAUCCAGGCAGGUCAGGUCAUAAGAAAACCAAGAAUCUGCGAGGAUCGACUGUUUAUCAUUUAGUUUGUAUUUCUUGGGUUCAACAGUGUAUGGCCACAACCUGCGCCUGGUACAUGACGUCCAUGCUUUGUGGAUUUCUACACUUGUGGAGGUUACUGAGCACUGCAGAAGAGCCAACACGACAUGAUCAUGGGAGAAUCGAAG